CUUUGGAACAGCUACAAAAAACACAAUCUACAAGCUACAUGUACAGGAAAGCACAAUCCCCGGGGCACAAUCACUUUACCACAACACAAUUAGCGUAAUCCAGCAGAGUUUCGCGGCAAAUCUUUUAAAAGUGAUAUAACACAAUCAAAAUCAUGGGUGAGCUGCUGCUAAACAUGCUGAAGCUGCUUAACAUCAAACCUGGACUGCAGGAUGAAGACCUCUUCCCUGAUCAACCAGGCUUUAAAGAUUUCCUUGCUGCACAAGAUAUGGAAUAUGAAAAGAAGAACUAUCAAAAGGCCAGUGACCUCUAUGAGAAAGCGUGCAAGGCUGGACACCCACUAGCUCAAGCUAAUUAUGCACUCUGGUUUUUAGAAGGUUCUCGCAAAGGCUACAAGAAAAACUUUAGAAAAGCAUUUGAACUUUUUGAAAAGAGCGCAGAAAAGGGGGUUGGCCUUUCUCUCUACAACCUUGCCCACUUCUACCAGACUGGUAAAGGUGGAGUAGUCAAGCAAGAUCCAUUCAAGGCAUUUUCACUUGUGAAGAAAUCAUUGAAAGACUAUCGAACAGAUAAGAUCAGAAAUGGUGAUCCAUAUUGGAUGUUAGGAACUAUGUAUUUGCAAGGAGAGGGCACAUGUAUGAACCGUAAGAAGGCCCAGCAGCACUUUGAAAAGGCUCGACAAUUUGGACAUAAGGCGGCCACCACUGAUUUCAUGAAGAUGACCAACCUACUAGCCCAACUUAGUGGGGCUGAUAAGCAGCAUGAGACUGACAGCAAAUGGGACACAAUGUGUGCAUGGUUGGAUAAACAUCCUGAGGAGAAAGGAAAGGAUGGCGUAACAACCAUGAGGAAUCAUUUGAAAAUCCUCAACAAAUUUGGCUUUGACAUUUAUGGCAAAUUAACCGAAAAGGAACUAGAGAUGAAAGGAGGCUUUGAUAAGUUCAUGGAGGUUUCUGGAGGUCAGAUGUACGAGCUAGAUGAAUAUGAGAUGCAAGAUGUACCAACUGUCAGAGUAUGUAGCAAUUGUAGUAAGCCUGGUGCCAAGAAACGAUGUGCUAAAUGUGGAGAAGCGUAUUGCGACAAAAAAUGUCAAAAAGCUGACUGGACAUCUCACAGAAAAAUUUGCCAAAUUGUACGGGACAAUAUCUCAUAAAUCUCAACUGCUCAAUGGCCCUAUCUUUUAUACCAUAUUUUCUUACAAAUAUUUUUCCAUAUUUCCAUACUUAAAACAUGUACAAUUUUUAUUCAGAAUAAUGAAUUGUAAAGUGCAAUGCUACAUAAGAAUCAAUUUUAUUUUUUGAACUUAAAGUGUAAUAAAUUAUAACCAACCCUACAUAUUCUAUAUGAAAUUAAAUGUAUUAAAUGUUGAACCUCCAACAAGUAUUUACAAGUUAUCAGGUUCAUUUUUACAAAACCAUAUAACAUCUAAGGGGUGGUGUCCUAAAUUGAAAAAAUGGGGUUAAUUCCAUUAUGAUUUAACCCCAUCCCCCUUAAAGUGUUGAUUUGCCUUUCAAUUAUAUUUUUUUUAAAAAUCAGCAUUCUUCAAUCAAUUGUCAUUUAACCCAUUCCCAGAUACAUUGCCACUUUAAGAGACAUGUUCAUUGAUUGACUGCAAUAUCACGAAUUGCCAUUCAUGUUCUGAGGAUACAUUUUGAACUUGUUUAAAAAUUGCACUGCUAUAUAUAAUCAAUUGAGAUACCAUGACAUAGAAUACAUAAUGACUUAUAAAAACCAAAUCAAUUCCUUUCCAAUAAAUAAUUGUUUGACUCAACAAAGGCUCAAAAACUGUUAUUAUUUCCCUAUUAUAUCAAAUGUAUUAUUUAUGUUGGGCAUUGAUUGUUUUAAUGAUCUCAAAAUGAAGACCUCUGACACUCGCAUCAGAGUACAUUCAUUUGUAACAAUUCUCUGCGUGUCGUUGUUGUAAUAAGUUUAUGUUAUAAAAUAUAUUUUGCAAUGUUACGUUCACUUCCACUUAGUAUUAUGUUUGUUUACUUUUAUGAUAAAAAUUAUAGAGAACUACUUCUACUCAGGGAUGUACAGGGUUGUUGCAAGUUUUGCAAAAACCCGUUUUGAAACGAAAAUGACGUAAUUUAUAUUAUGGAUCCUGGUUGACAGACAU